AUGAAGCUUACGCUUGACGAUAAGGACCAAAAGACCAAGGAAAGAAUUUUGCGUAAUCGAGCUGCGGCCCAAGAAUCAAGGGACAGAAAGCGUCGCUAUGUUACGGACCUCGAGAAAAGCAACAAGCGUCUAAAAGAAGAAAACGAUCAGUUGUCGCAACGAAAUCAGUUCCUUGAAGCACAGCUACAAUUGAUGAGUGCACAGCUCAUGGCGUUGAGCAAAUUGCCCUUUGGUUUGGAUGGCUUUUGCGAUUCAGCACGGAUCGCAAAGAGGAAUACAGCAACAACCGCAGCAACAGCAACAACAGCAUCCACCGCAGCAUAA